AUGGCCUGGCGCAAUCAAGGAAUCACCGGCUCCAACAAUAUUCCCUUGGGCCGACGUCGGUUCGCGGGUGAUGAAGGAGAAGAAGAUGAUAGUCGCACCGCGACUCCUUCCUCCGUACCCGAUGGCCCUAAGCGUGGUCGCAGCCCUGUCCGAGCGGACCCCCCAGUCGACAGCGAUGGCGUCAAGCGGCGCAAGAAGCGUAACCGCUGGGGUGACCAGCAGGAGAACAAGGCUGCUGGUCUCAUGGGUCUUCCCACGAUGAUCAUGGCCAACUUCACCAGCGAGCAGCUCGAGGCAUACACUCUGCACCUGCGUAUUGAGGAGAUCAGCCAAAAGCUUCGGAUCAACGAUGUGGUCCCAGGCGACGGUGAUCGGUCUCCCUCGCCCCCGCCUCAAUAUGACAACUUCGGUCGCCGUGUAAACACCCGCGAGUACCGCUACCGCAAGCGUCUUGAGGAUGAGCGUCACAAGCUGGUCGAGAAGGCCAUGAAGACCAUUCCUAACUAUCACCCGCCCUCUGACUAUAGACGACCCACCAAGACUCAAGAGAAGGUCUACGUGCCAGUGAAUGACUAUCCAGAGAUUAACUUCAGACCUCGUGGAAACACUCUGAAGAAAAUGGAGACCGAAUCCGGUGCUAAAAUUGCCAUCCGUGGUAAAGGUUCCGUCAAGGAAGGAAAGGGUCGCUCUGAUGCGGCUCACGGUAGCAACCAGGAGGAGGAUCUUCACUGCUUGAUCAUGGCAGAUACAGAAGAGAAGGUGAACAAAGCCAAGAAACUUGUCCACAACGUUAUCGAGACUGCUGCUUCCAUCCCUGAAGGCCAAAACGAGCUCAAGCGCAACCAGCUUCGUGAGCUCGCCGCCCUUAACGGUACUCUCCGUGACGACGAGAACCAAGCUUGCCAGAACUGUGGUCAAAUCGGACACCGCAAGUAUGAUUGCCCCGAGCAGCGAAACUUCACUACCAACAUCAUCUGCCGUGUCUGUGGUAACGCUGGCCAUAUGGCUCGUGACUGUCCCGACCGACAGAGAGGCAGCGAUUGGCGCAACAAUGGUGGCGUUGGCGGUCGUGGACCUCGUGCCGUUGGCACUGGUGACGCUGUGGAUCGCGAAAUGGAGCAACUUAUGAACGAGCUGUCUGGAGGUGCUCCUGGUGAGUACCCGCCUCGCCGCAUCGAGGCUGGUCCCGAGUCUGGAUAUCCUGAUGAUCGGGAUGCGAAGCCCUGGCAGCAACGUGGCCCGCCGGCAAGCGAUGUGGCCCCCUGGCAACAGAGAGGCCGCGAAACCCGCACUCGCGACGAAUAUGUUCCCCGCGACCAGGGCGCUGCUCCUCCCUGGGCUUCUCAGAGCCGUGGCAACGACUAUGGCGGUUACGGUCAGCAAACUGGAUAUGCCGCUCCCGGGACUGCUCCUGGCGCUGCUCCUGGCGCCGCCCCCUGGCAACAACAGGCCCCUCCCGGUGGACAGCCGGGCUAUGGAUACGGUGCUUAUGGAGGUGGCUAUGCCUAUCCUCCUGGCAUGGCGGCUCCUCCCCCUCCCCCCCGGAAUGCCCCCUAUGUAUAA